UGCACUUUAUGAGAUGUGAUGGUAUGGUUUUCUUACUCUUACUAAGAUUUUAGGUUGCUUCAUGUUAGUUUAGCUUGUAUUUGGUUGUUCUCCUGCACUGUUCUUCUAAUAGUACUGGAUAUUAAGAGUUAAAAACAUAACUGCAUCUAUAUUCUGCUCUUAUUCGCCCCGCGUGCAGCUCGCACAUAAACCCGAAUUACGCACAACCUGCGUCGUGCGUAAAUGUCCCUCCUCAACUGCUCAACACUCAGUGUGCCAAUCUUUACAGAACUCGGAGGAGAAGAUAUAAAACACAUUCUAGCAGGUUCGCCGUCACUCUCAUUAAAUUACCUGUUUUUCAGUCGAGCUUUCAGGAAGUUUUUUCCAAACGGAGCCAUGUCUCAGGAGCGCGAGUAAAACACAGCAGCGAUCCGAAAUUACAGUCCAGGCAUGGCACGGCGCACGUCGUCGGACACUUAGUGGAGAGUUUCUGAAAAGUUAAAGCUGUCCCGACUGAAACUCCACAGUCCGUCCCAUCCGAGGAGCGGAGGAGGGAGGUGUUACUCUGACUAGACUGAGGGUUAUUGGUGAAACUCUGCCCCCCUCCACCUGCAGGAGUGUGGAAGUAAAUGCUUUGGCCAAGGUAAACUCUAAAUGUUGGAUGAAAAACUAUAUGACAGUAUACACUAGACAUUUAAAAAAGUUAAAAACGUAGGGUGACAUUAAAAGCACAAACAGUGUUUAAAAUAACCAAAAAGGUGAUUUAGACAGAAAAUGUAGAAAUCACUUUAUUCAUAUUAUACACAUUUAAUAAGGAUUACAUUAUUAAAAAAAGUGCAGGAUAUUGGUCAGUCCUGCAGGCUUAUUGAUUGACCCUAUUUGAAAAGUAAGUAGCCUAAAGCAUGGUCACAGUCUCAGUGAGCUGUUGUGCAGGACACAGAGGAAAAUGUACUUUAAUGAACUUAGGGUUUGGUAACUGGCUCUCCCUGCUGGAUUUAAAUUACAGAUUUAAUUUCAGACAUCAGAGGAAUGCCGCCUGCUUUACCUUCAGUCUGUCUGUUCAGUCAGAACACAGACUCUUUGAAGCUUUUCCAAACGAUAUAUUUACUCCACAUAAAAUGGAUAUCAGGCUCUCUGGGGAGCAAUUAAUCAGUCGUAUAUUGACACAGUAAUGUGAAUAUGGACAUGGAUGAUCUAAAAUAUACUUACAUAAUUAUACAUUUUUGUAAUUUAAACAACAAAACCCCACAACUAAGCUUAUUAUUAACCACCAUAAGCCAAUAUAACAGAAAAUGUUUCAAAAUUCAAGUAGUGAAAUGACUUGAAAGUUUGCAGACAGGAAAGACACUUCUAUUUAUUUUCUUAGCAUGUUUGUCUUUUGCUUUUUUAGUAUGAAGUCUCACCUACAGUUAUUGCAAAAAAGCUCAAAGAUGAGUGUUUUUGUCUUACUUUAACUAAUAAUGUCAUUAAAAAAAACAACAGGUACAUUUUUCUCACCCCAACAGCAGUUCUUUUUGUACUCUUUCCAGUCAACUGACUUUAAUUGACACACCUUACAACCCUUAUUUAAUGCUGAGUCUUUGUAGGGUGCAUUGGAAGCUAGAAACAGAUCAAGGACUGAGACAAACAUGUAGGAGCAUUUAGAGUCUGUGAUGUGACAUUAGUAUAUGUGGGCAUUAGUAUCCAUUGUUUGUGUUAAGUCAAACAGUAAAUAGACGUACAAUAUCUUUCUGUUCCUGGUAAGAGUGGAUGAAAAACAACAGGGUAGUAUCUUGAAAAAACUAAGAGGAUCUGAAACAGAACCCUGAGGAACUCCAAAGGGAAGUACCAAACAAAUGUUUAAUGCAGCCAUAAAACAACGGCCAAGCUCAAACUUGAAGGUGUUUUGUUAAUGUUUAGAAAAAUGGAAACAUGAACAUCUUUAGUUCAGAUGAUGCAGAUCAUACAAUUGAUACAGCUAUCCAGAAUCUCUUUUAAAUGCACCAUGUGUCGAGGUCUCUCAAAUAGAAUCCCUUCAUUAAAGCUUAAAAUAAUAACACAGUACCUGACAAAAAACAUGUUGAAUAGUUUUAAUCUACUAUAAAAUUCAGCUUUUGAAUAGAAGUACAUUCCCAGAUUGUAACAACUAGCUUCUUAUCCAUAUAUUUCAUGUUGUUAGCAGGGACCACAUAGGUUAUUUAGUUGCCACAUUCACCUGUUGAUUUAAAAAGAGACAAAACCACAACCACAAGACGUUUGGAAAGAACAGCCUCUCCAAAUUGAGACACAAAGAGGGAAUUUUCCCCCUCCACUCCCCCUGUCUCACCUCUGUAUCCCCCUCCCCAGGAGACAAGUGCAAAAAUAAAAAGCUCACCCUGUGUUCAUUCAUGAGGUGAAGAAACCAAAUGUUGACGCAAAAACCUUUCGCCUUGUGAUGCCAGAGUGACGUCUGAUUUAACGAUGACACAGGGACAGAGCAGAGGAAAUUAUAUGAAGACAGGGAUGGGUGGAUGGAUGGAUGGACGAGGAGAUGGAGGGGGGUUUGAGUGGGUGGAGAGGUGGGGGUGAUCCUCUGACAUCACAUUGGCUCUUAUAAACUGAGGGAAUGGAGCCCACUGCACUCCACGAGCAACCAGAAAAACUGUGAGACACGAGAAAGACGUGCGCUUGGAUCUGAAAGAGAAGAAAAAGGAGGAGUAAAGAAAAAGAAGAAGAAGAAGAAGAAGCAGCAAUUUGAGUCCCUCUCAACCUCUCCAGCUGUUUGACCCUUAACCUUAUGGACUAGAUUCCUCUUCAGGUGAACUCUUCUUCAGUGCCGGAUUCUUCUUUUGGUUUUGGUCUGUUUUCCUCAUGAAGAUGCAGGUGCACUUGGCGUGUAUGCUUCUCCUCUGUUUCACAUGUGGUGGACUUUGUUCAGAUGUGGACCAGGACCAGAGAGCACUAGAAGAGGAGCUAUUCAGCAGUCUCUUCACGAAGCUCAAACAGAAUAAGCAGAGCGCCCCCUACUGGCGCGUGUCGCUUCCUAACCUGUGCCGGGUGGUGAGCAGCCUGCGGCAGGAGGGGUGGAGCGGCGAGGAGGGGGAGGAGGAGGAGGGCGAGCUGAGGGAAGGCGGCCUCCCGAUGCUGGAGGAGCUGUACAACCUGCAACAGAUCUGCAGAGCGCUGCAGAGCCGGGAGGAGAGGCUACUCCACGACUCUCUGGAAUAUUUAGACGAGAACAGUGACACUCCACUGAAACGAAAAUCACCCUACAUCCUGAAGAGACAAGCGGGGCACAACACCAAGUCCCGGAGGCCGUACAUCCUAAAACGAAGCACAAUUUACUGACGAUCAGACCUUGUUCUUGCUGUGAAGACGUGAUGUGGUUAUUUUCCUCCAUCCUCGUAGAGCUGCUAUGUUUUCUUUUCUUCUCCUGAUGUUGUUUUUCUCCACUCAGACCCUUCGAUUGUAUGUCCAGUGUUGAGGCCUGCCUGUACUCUGCUCCUCUCAGCUAAAGGUCCUAAAAAUAAAUCACCUGAGCAUCAAGCAACAUGUGUAUCUCUGAGAAACUAUAUUUAUUUACUCUAUUUCUUCACCGCACACUGAAUCUAUUUUGUUUCAGGAUAUGAUUAAAGGAUUCAUGAUACAAAAUCA